UUGCACUAAUGGGUAUGUAUAGUGUAGUAUGAUGUAGUUGUUUAUUUAUAGCAACAUCUUUAUUAUGAAUAAGUAGCGUAUUUCCGGGGUGGCGUUAUUGAGGAAGGCGAAAUCAGGGUCGGAGGGCUCAGGGUUGUUAAUUAACUGGUUAUGGCGACUUCCUGAAUCUGCUUUGGGGAAGCUUGGCCAGUUGCUACUCAGGGGCCAGAAUGUCAGGCCUGGAAAGAAUGGGUUCUCUUUUUUCUCUUUACAUCAUGGAUACCAAUUCAAAGUUCAGGAUAUCUUCUAAAAUAUUUGGGGUCUAGCUUUGGGUGGAGUUCUAUUUGUUAUCAUCCAUAACGCCAACAUGAGUUCAAAUCUAUGGGGUCAAGAGAAACCCAGCUCUGGCUAUUGGGAAGAGCGGAUCUUUUACUUAUUGACCCAGGAGGGCAGCUUGAUUGAUAAACAAACCCAAAAACUUAUAAAGAUUCCCAGAGGCAGUAUUGGACAGUAUGUUCAGGAACGGUCCACCUUGGCUCACAGCAGGGGAAUUCCUUCCUCCAAGAGUAAGAAGGUGCAAAUCACGCUAAAGAUUUUGGAGCAGCCUCAUGCCCUUUUGAUAGUGGAAGAUAAAGAUGUUAUUGAAAUUAAGGAGAAAAUGGCAGAACUGCUUUUGGCGAUUACAAACUGUGAGGAAAGAUAUAGCCUAUACAAAAACAAAGCCAGACUUUCCAAGGCUCUGCAGAUUGAGCCUGGUUCUGCUGUAAGAGUAUUUUUGAGGCCGGGAGAUGGACACUUUCCAGGAGUUGUACGCUACAAAGGACCACUGUUACCAGAGAGAUCUCUCACCGGUAUAUGGUUUGGGGUGGAACUACUGGAAGAUGGACGGGGACAAGGUUUCACAGAUGGAUCAUAUCAGGGGAAACAGUUGUUCCGAUGUGACGAGGAGUGUGGAGUGUUUGUGGCUCUAGACAAGCUGGAGUUGUGCGACGAAGAUGAUGAUGAACUAGAGAGUGAUUAUGCAUCUCCUGUGGACCCUAAUGCAUCAGAAAUCCCCCCGCUUGAGAUCAACUCAAGGGUUUCCUUAAAAAUCGGAGAGGGAAUGGAAUUUGGAACAGUCAUAUUCUGUGAUGUUUUGCCAGGAAAGGAAAGCCUUGGGUACUUUGUUGGUGUGGAUAUGGAUAAUCCCAUUGGGAACUGGGAUGGAAGAUACAAUGGCAUUCAACUGUGCAGCUUUGCUAGUGUGGAGAGCACUCUACUCUUGCACAUUAAUGAUAUCAUCCCAGAGUCUGUGUCUCAGGAGAGGCGGCCUCUGAAACUUGCCUUUACUUCAAGAUGUGGCAGUGAGAAAAGCUUGUCCAAUCACAGCAAGCCAAAAGUCACAGCAGGAUCUACCUCUGAGUCUGGAAGCAGAAACCGUUCUGAAUUUUUUUACACUCUCAAUGGCAGCUCUGUCGAAACCCAACUACAGCCGAAGGCAAAGAGCAACUGGUAUAUUGAUGAUGCCCGUGAGAGAUCAUCAAGAGGAAGUACCAGUGUUCCAGAUGGCAGUCGUUGUGAUGUUGAAGACGCUGCAAAAUCACUAACGGAAACAUCACCAGCAGCGUUCGGACACUGUUCUCCCCCCCUUCAGCCUUCUUCCAGCAGCUGUUCUCCCAGUGAGAAUAGGUUCCACUCUCUGCCCUUCAGUCUCACCAAGAUGUCCAGUACCAAUGGCACAAUGGGGCACACGCCUCUUUCUUUAUCUGUGCAGUCGGUUAUCGGGGAGUUAAACAACACUUCCCUCCAGGACAGUCCACCCGGUCUCCAACACCUAAACAUCCUGCAUGGCUUAGAAGUGGGAUCCUUGGCAGAAGUGAAAGAAAACCCACCUUUUUAUGGAGUAAUCCGCUGGAUUGGCCAGCCUACGGGAGUCACCGAAAUAUUAGCUGGACUUGAGCUGGAAGACGAAUGCGUUGGCUGCACAGAUGGCACUUUCAAGGGGACAAGAUAUUUCACCUGCGCGCCUAAAAAAGCACUUUUUGUGAAGCUGAAGAGCUGCCGUCCAGACUCAAGGUUUGCUUCACUUCAGCCGGUGUCCAACCAGAUAGAGCGCUGUAACUCUUUAGCAUUUGGGGGAUACUUGAGUGAAGUUGUAGAAGGAAACACCCCUCCAAGAUCAGAGAAGGAAGGACUAGAAAUGAUGAUUGGAAAGAAGAAAGGAAUUCAGGGACACUACAAUUCCUGCUACCUUGAUUCAACACUAUUUUGCCUAUUUUCCUUUAGUUCGGUUUUGGAUUCUGUUCUCCUCAGACCGAAAGAUAAAACAGAUGUAGAAUAUUACAGUGAAACGCAAGCACUUUUACGGACUGAAAUUGUCAACCCUCUGAGAAUAUAUGGAUAUGUUUGUGCCACAAAAAUUAUGAAGCUAAGGAAAAUUCUAGAAAAAGUGGAGGCUGCUUCAGGUUUUACAUCAGAGGAAAAAGAUCCAGAGGAAUUCCUAAACAUUCUUUUCCAUCACAUACUGAGAGUGGAUCCCUUGUUAAAAAUAAGGUCAGCUGGUCAGAAAGUUCAAGAUUGUUAUUUCUACCAAAUUUUUAUGGAGAAAAAUGAAAAUGUUGGUGUCCCCACUAUUCAGCAGCUUUUGGAAUGGUCCUUCAUCAACAGCAACUUAAAAUUUGCAGAGGCGCCAUCAUGUUUAAUUAUCCAGAUGCCACGAUUCGGGAAAGACUUUAAAAUGUUCAAUAAAAUAUUUCCUUCCUUGGAUCUGAACAUCACAGACUUGCUAGAAGACACUCCCCGGCAGUGCCGUAUCUGUGGUGGUCUUGCAAUGUAUGAAUGCAGAGAAUGUUAUGACGAUUGUGAUAUAUCUGCUGGGAAAAUCAAACAAUUUUGCAAAACAUGCAAUACCCAGGUUCAUCUUCAUCCCAAGAGGCAGCACCAUAAAUUUAACCCAGUAUCGCUUCCCAAAGAGCUCCCAGAUUGGGACUGGAGACAUGGCUGUAUACCAUACCAGAAGAUGGACCUUUUUGCUGUCUUAUGCAUUGAGACCAGCCACUAUGUGGCAUUUGUAAAAUAUGGCAGGGAUGAUUCUGCCUGGGUCUUUUUUGACAGCAUGGCGGAUCGGGAUGGUGGCCAAAAUGGGUUCAACAUUCCACAAGUUACCCCAUGCCCAGAAGUUGGGGAAUACCUGAAAAUGUCUCUUGAGGAACUCCACGCCUUAGACUCUCGGAACAUUCAGGGCUGUGCCCGGCGGCUGCUCUGCGAUGCAUACAUGUGCAUGUAUCAGAGUCCCACCAUGAGCCUAUACAAAUGAACACCUUCUACAGACAUUCUAAUUUGGUUGCUCCUGUUUCUCAUUUAACUUCUAAUCUAACAAAGUGGCCAGUUUGGUCUUUAUAUUUUCCACUCUAGAAAACUGGCCCAACCCCCUUUGCUGCCAAGGAGGCCGGAAAGAGCAUUACAGAGCACACAAGAAUGCUUUUACCUUUGGAAGUGAAUGAAUUUCAUUGCCCAGACUGAAAGAAAAAGCAAUUAUUUUUUGCACUUUGAGAAAGGCAAUAUGUUUUGUGUUUUUUGUUUUUUUUAAUAUUAUUUUUUAAGUGACUUUACAGAUUGUAUAAUUCAGGAAAGGACAAUUACUAAAGCUUUAAGUUAUAUAAGACUCUUAAUGUUUGUUUUAUUUCUCUGUUUUGCAAGAGUAUUAAAUGGCACAGAAUAAA